AUGUACAACUACAAGAUCCAGAAGGACCACAAUGGCGUCCUUCGACUCGGCAAAUUCCAUGGCAACAUCAACUGGAAGCAUGCCACCAAAGUCGAGAUGGAUCUGCUUGCAACGUACAAGGUCCUUGUGGAUAUGGGGAGAGGAACCCCAAUGCCAAAAGAUCACCAAAAGUUCCAAGUCCAACUUGUCAAUGCCCUUAAACAUUGUGACAAACACAAGCCCAGAUUCCUACCUUACGGUGGCUUUACCUACAUAGUACCACACCAAAUAAAAUCCCACUGUCAGACAGACCAAUCGGCCAAGGGUAUAAUGUAA